AUGCUUGUGCUAACGUUCUGCUUUCUGUGUGUGUGUCAGGAGCUCGAAGAGAUUCGCAGGUCUGGAAUGAAAAACUUCAGAAACAUUCAAGUUGAGGAGUCAAACCUGUUGUCAUGGCAAGGGCUCAUUGUUCCAGACAACCCGCCCUACGACAAAGGAGCGUUCAGGAUCGAAAUCAUUUUCCCAACCGAGUACCCCUUCAAGCCUCCCAAAAUCACAUUCAAAACAAAGAUCUAUCACCCCAACAUCGAUGAGAAGGGCCAGGUGUGCUUGCCUGUGAUCAGCGCAGAGAACUGGAAGCCUGCCACCAAAACUGACCAAGUUAUUCAGUCCCUCAUUGCGCUGGUGAACGACCCUCAGCCCGAGCACCCCCUGAGGGCAGACUUAGCUGAAGAAUACUCAAAGGACCGUAAAAAAUUCUUGAAGAACGCCGAAGAGUUUACAAAGAAACACGGAGAAAAGCGGCCAAUGGACUGA